CGAGAUGGUGACUUGGCGGGUUAAAAAGAAACGAGUCCGCUCCGGAUCUGAGGAUGAGUUGUACAUACAUCAAAGAAGCAGCAGCCGAGUAAAGAAACCGCCGGCUGUCCCAGAACACCACCCGGUUGGAACACCAACAGAAAUAUUUAUCCAAAGAUGGCUCCCUCCGCAGUCGAAACCGAAACGGUCACGGUCCCGGACGUAUCCACGCUGAAGCUCCAAGCAGUCGCCGGGCCGUACAAGGAGCUUGCAGCGACCAGGUAUGACGCUGAGGCCGAGGCUGGAUUGAAGGGCCACAAGGCAGCCAAGUACCCCCACUACCUCCCGACCUGGAACCACAACGAGAAGUACCCGGCCCUCGAGCCGUUCGAGCACUACGAGCACGGCAAGGAUGCCGACACUUCCUAUCCGAAUCUGCUUCCCGAGGGAACCGUCAAGGUGACGCAUCUGACCCCGACCAUCGGCACCGAGGUCAGGGGUAUCCAGCUGUCUCAGCUGAGCAACGCCGGCAAGGACGAGCUGGCUCGGUUCGUCGCCGAGCGCAAGGUGGUCGCCUUCCGUGACCAAGACUUUGCCGACCUGCCGAUCGAGAAGGCGCUCGAGUUCGGGUCGUACUUUGGCCGCCACCACAUCCACCCGACGUCGGGUGCCCCGGCGGGCCACCCGGAGGUCCACAUCGUGCACCGCGGGGCGGGCGACACGGGGGUGCACGAUUUCUUCGCCAAGCGGACGUCGUCGGUGGCGUGGCACUCGGACGUGUCGUACGAGCAGCAGCCGCCCGGAACGACGUUCCUGUACGUGCUGGACCUGCCGUCGACGGGCGGCGACACGCUCUUCGCCGACACGGCCGAGGCGUACCGCCGCCUCAGCCCGCUCUUCCAGGAGCGUCUGCACGGCCUGCGCGCCACGCACUCGGCCGUCGAGCAGGCUAAUGCAAGCCUCGCGCGCGGCGGCGUCAAGCGGCGCGAGCCCGUCAUCAACGAGCACCCUAUCGUCCGCACCCACCCUGUCACGGGCGAGAAGGCGCUCUAUGUCAACCCUCAGUUCACCCGCGAGAUCGUCGGCCUGAAGAAGGAAGAGUCGGAUGCCAUCCUGAAAUUCCUGUACGACCACAUCGCCUUCGGGGCCGACUUCCAUGUACGUGUCAAGUGGGAGGAGAAGACGGUCGUGGUGUGGGAUAACCGGGUCACGCAGCACUCGGCGCUGGUGGACUGGAAGGAUGGGCAGAGGCGCCACUUGGCGCGGAUCACGCCGCAGGCGGAGAGGCCUUAUGAAACGCCGUUUGAGCGCAACUAAAGCUGAAGGAAGAAAAAGCAAGUAAAGUCGGCAUGAACUAAUUAUAUGGU